CGAGCUCCCCAUCUCCCACCACCAGUCCACCACCACCUGAGCUACAGCCAUCCAACAUCUUCUUCUCCGGCAGGCAUCAGAAAGGACAGCCGCCAUUAGCGCCCGAAGCGACGGCAUGGCGAGGCAAACCCUGACUAACGGGUUCCUCAGCGGGUUCAUGCACGUGGGGCUGGCGCUGGUGCUCCUCGCCUACCUCCCCAUCGCCUUCCUCUGCCGCCUCGUCUACAGGCUGCUGAUUAGGCCCUUCGCCGCUGGCGAGGACCUCCGCGGCAAGGUCGUGCUCAUCACCGGCGCCUCCUCCGGCAUCGGCGAGAACCUGGCUUACGAGUACGCGAGGAAAGGCGCGUGCGUGGCGCUGGUGGCCCGGACGGAGAUCGCGCUGCGCGCCGUGGCCAAGACGGCGCGGGAGCUGGGCGCGCCGGACACGCUGGUGGUGCCGGCGGACAUCACCAACGUGGACGAGGCCAAGCGGGCCGUCGAGGAGACCGUCGCCCACUUCGGCAAAUUGAAUCACCUGGUGGCCAACGCGGGCGUGUGGUCCAGCUGCUUCUUCGAGGAGAUCACCAACGUAUCCGCCUUCCAGAACGUCAUGGAUCUCAACUUCUGGGGCGCGGUGUACCCGACCUACUUCGCGCUGCCCUACCUGAAGGCCAGCCGGGGCAACAUCGUGGUCACCGCCUCCGUGGCCGGCAGGGUCCCGGUGGCGCGGAUGAGCUUCUACAACGCCAGCAAGGCCGCGGUGAUCCGGUUCUACGAGACGCUGCGGGCGGAGGUGGGGCCGCACGUCCGCGUCACCAUCCUCAUGCCGGGCUACGUCGUCUCCAACCUCACCAUGGGCAAGGGCGUCCAGAAGGACGGCAACGUCGGCUUCGACGAGGAGGCCCGCGACAUAAACGUCGGGCCGCUGCCGGUGGGGAAGACGGAGACGCUGGCGGAGGUGGUGGUGGCGAGCGUGCGGCGGGGCGACCACUACGUGACGUGGCCCGGGUGGUACUGGCCCUUCCACAUGGUGAUGUGCGCCGCGCCGGAGCUCGUCGACUGCUUCUCCAGGGCCUUCUACGUCUCCAAGUCCAGCGACAAGGACGGCGACGCGCUCAGCAAGAAGAUCCUCAUGGCAGUCGGCGGCAACAAGUUCUACCCCAAGAACAUCCGCUCCCCCCAGUCCCAAUAAGUCACGACACGAAUCCCGAGACUAAGCCAGCCACGCAUGCACCAAAGUAUAGCAGUGGCCAGUGGUGUGCAUAUGCAUAGCAGUGGUGUAUUUGGGUCUUUCUCGUCUUCUUCUCUCUCGUUUUUUCUUCUUCUUUCAGUGUGAUGUGAUGUGAGUCCAUACGAUGUGAUAUCUGUUGUAUUGCAAAGAGAGGUGAAUCUAAAUGACCGACUGUUGUUGCUUA